AUCAGGGCACUCCAGCUGUUAGCAGCAACCAGGAGGACCUUCAACAGAUCAUCUGAAAGUUUUUUUUUUACCGCUGUGUCUGAUGUUUACAAGCUUCCUGAACAGAUCCAUCCUGGCUGCGGCCUCUAGCCUCAUGGGUGACCCGGGGAUCUGGGUCGGACCGGCAACAACUCAGCAGAACCGGGUGUGAGAGUCCGGGUGGGGGAGGUGAGAGUCUCAAACCACCGCCCGCCGUGGGAAGGAGAAGGAGGGAAGCGGUGUCCUGGGAGCGCGCACAGUUCUCUCUUGGCUGUGCGCUUUUACGCACAGACCGCGGCCGGUGAGCGGACCUGUGUGCGUCUCCGUGAGUCUGUCAUCAAUGUGUAAGGCGCUGCAGCUCUGUGUGUCCGUUUGACUGAGGGUGGGGCUGAGCUGCACAUGAGCAGAGCAGCGAAGCAAAGCUUCUUCACACAAAAUCCGGCUUCCUGCAGCGCAGCGGCAUCAUGAGUGGCCACGCAGGCGGAGUUGUCCUCUCUCCGCCGAGGGAGUGAAGGCGAGGACAGACGGGAAGGGAAAAGAAGAAAGCCGAUCAGAGGAGAGGAAAAGAAAGAGGAGGAGAGGGGAAAAAAAGUUUUCUCCAGAGGAUCUUUCCAUCUCGUACCGAGACCCUGGUCAAGUCCCAGCCCCUCACCAUGAGGCUGUGAAUCCCUUCUUCUUCCUUCCCAUCCAGGUCGUCUUCUCCCUCGUUACCUGACCCCAUGCCUCCGAAAGUGGGACCCACCGCUCUGUGCACAGGCACCCACCUCUGGAUGCUGCUGUGCGCCCUGCUCUGUGCUCUGGUCCUGGCCCGUGGCUCCACUGUGAGCCCCGAGGGCGCACAGAGCACGGCUGCCACGUCGCUGCCAGAGGACUCGACCGGCACGGUGAUCCAGCUGCAGCCGGACCUGCAGACCGAAGCCGAGACACAGACGGAGGCACAGACGGAGGCUGUGACCGAGGCGCCGACUCAGAGCACCACCGGCAACUACACAGGCCUGUCCUGUAUCCCCGUCCUGCCGCCACGUCGGGGCUCCUUCUACGUGGAGACCGGCACAGGCGUGUCGAUCGGCAGCGUGUUGGCCUUCUGGUGCAGGGAGGGAUACCAGCUGGUCGGCAGCGACAAGAUCUACUGCAAUGUCAGGAACGGCAAGCCGCAGUGGAGCAACUACCUGCCCGUCUGCGAAGCCAUCCCCAGACCAGAGGACCGUGGUCUCAGAGUGGCCGUGUUGGCUUCAGUCGUCAGUGGCAUCGUCAUCCUCGCCAUGUCCCUGUCCUUCCUCAUCUGCUGCCUGCAGGAGCGAUCCAGUCGGGACCGAGCCAAGAAGGAGGGACGGAGCAGGCGCAGGGAGAAGCGCUCGAACCGUCGCAGCGAGUGUUGGCUGGAGAGAGAAGAGGGGGAGUGGGAGGCGUUCCCUCCCCCAAAGAUCUUCCAUCUCUCUCAGAGGAUGAACCCCCGCCUGGCUCCCGACAGCCCCCUCUACCUGACCGGAGGACUCAGCGGAUACGAGAACAGGGGUUACCAGAGGAGUCAGGAGAGUUUGCUGAAGGCCUCCAUGCCGGGACUGUACCGCUCCGAGUCGCAGCUCUACCCCCACGUGGUCCUGCAGAGGGUCCCCACCCCAACGGCGCCCUCCGCCCCGUCCGCUCCGUCCGCCCCCCUCUACCUCCACCUCCCCUCCUCCGCCUCCGCCGCCUCCUCGCCCGCCCACGGCCAGCCCCACAUGAUGCCGCAGUAUCCCACCCCGACCUACCCGCCCAACCCCAGCACGGCCGUGCCCGCCUACCCCCAUCCGACGCCGGCGCCUAUCUACCCCAACCCUAAUCCGACACCGCAGCGGCCAUGGCAGUAGCUACGUCUUCCACUCCCUAGGCAGUAAAGAGAGAGCAGCCGGUGUAGAAGCUCCCCCUUUCGCUGCAUGCUUGGUGAUCUUCUCCUGGAUUUUGGAACUGAACACUGGAAUUUUUCCUAAAGUCUUACUUGGACUGCUGCUGCUGCUGCACUCUGCAGGAGGAGGUCUCCGGAGGAAGUCUUGAUUUCUUUCGGUCAUCAGAAAGUACAAGAAAACUUCAAGCAGCCGGUCAACAAGGGAACACAGGAAGCCCAACUAUGAAGUGUGCCGCUGAUGAAGGAAUAGUGACGGAUCGUAAAGGACUUUGACUGUUUAGGCAGCUCAGAUCUCUCAGCAGUGAUUGAUUUUUUUUAAUAGAUUAUCGUGAAGAGAAGGACACCUAUCAGCCCUCCUGACCUCCACAUAGACUAAUCUAGACAUAUAUAUACAUGUAUUUUUUUUUUGCUCUAAAACUAAAGACUUAACAAGAACUUCUGAAAUCUGUGGGUCACUUUACAGUUCUUUGUUAAUAUGUCCCUGGUGUUUUACCGCACUGUAUGGAGAGAAUAGUCUGACUGUAGGGAGUAAUGGGUAGCACACUGUGAUUAGAAUGUCGUCAUUGUUGCAAACUCCUGAACGCAGCCGACUGUUUGUGGGGAUUUUAACGACAGAAAAGAUCCUUUUGAACCGAUCCUUUCUUUCUCACCAAAACUUGACGACUAAAUGUAAUGUUUUUAUUUUUUAUUUUUUUCUGUCCCCGUCUUGUUUGUUUUUCCCUGUCUGUGCUGCCGCAACACACUCUGUCACAUAAUUAUUUAUGACAAAAGCUUGUUCCGCGGUCGGGCAGCUUGACUGGUGAGCUACUCCGGCGAAGUCAUUCAGGGUUCCGCUGAUGGAUUCAGGAAAACAUGCCGAACGCACGUGACGAGGAUACAGGCCGGCGGUUUAGACCUGGGCGGAAUAAUGAGCGCAAUUAAUUAUCACGACUUGAAUCGAUUCGAGUCCGAGUUUGAGUCCUGAGAUCGGGUCGGGCAGCAAGUUGUUAAUCAUGCACCAAAAAUGUACUUUCUCUUGGGUGACGUAACCAAGGUUCUCUGAAAACAAGCCAGGCACGCUGUGAGGCCGCCGUUUCGUCCUCCUGACGCGCCAGAAAACUGCACAGACACGCACUGAUAGGUAAAGUUUGAGCAGGAGGGCGGAGCAUCUCUAAACCGUGUCGACCUACAAACUCUGGUUCACUUGAAUUCUCUGAACUUAUGGAUUCUGCUCCUAAUGUCAUUGUGUUUAACUGAAUGAUGAACCGUGAAACCUUUACCAUCCCCUUGUCCUAUGUACAUGCAUUUUUAAUCUUCAUAUUUUUAGUCAGUUUACACUCUAGCUGUUCUUUAUAUUUAAUAGAGGGACUCGCGUAAACACUAACGAAUCUGCACUUUACAUUUUUUGAAGGGGGGGGUGGGUUUAAACAGCUUAUUACUGAGCUAUGUGUGUUGUGUAAUAAUAAGACUGCCAUACAAGCUGAAUAAAGAGACUUUUGUUUAGUCGAACGGCUCGCAGCGUGUGUUUUCAGUGUGCGCUGUUCUGACAGAGGAAGAGGAAGAGGAUAAAAUAGAUGAGGGACGGAAG